AUGAAUAUUUGUUCUGAAAUUCGAUCAAGUCCAUUUGCAUCUCUCAAUGGUUUGAGUUAUAUGGAAGAAGAGGACGAGAUUCUCUUCUCAAUGCAUACUGUAUUUCGAAUUCAAAGUAUUCAACAACAAACAAAUCAACCUAAAAUAUGGGAAGUACAUUUAAAAUUAACAAGUGCCGAAGUCGAUCAGAAUCUUGCAUUUCUUACCGAACACAUGCGACAAGAAGUUGAAGGAGGAACAAGUUUACAUCAACUCGGUCAGUUAACAGCAAGAAUGGGAGAGUACGAUAGAACACAGGAAAUCUAUGAACUAUUGAUCUUAUAG